AUGGCUUCCAGGUUCAUUCCAACGAUCGCUUCUCAAUCCCUGGGCCGAGCAUGGUACCACCGCCUUGAACACAAGCUCAACUUAUGCAGAGAACACGGCUUUGAUGCCAUUGAACUCUUCUUCGAAGAUCUUGAGGCUGUUGCCAACGCUCUCCCUCCCUCUCACUCUCCUACAUUAGCUGGAACAUCCUUCGCCGACUCUACUGAAGACCAAGAAAGACAGUUGGUGGCUGCUGACUACAUUCAUGAGCUCUGCAUCGAUUACAAGCUGGAAAUCCUAUGUCUCCAACCGUUUAUGCACUACGAGGGUCGCAUCGACACUAACUCUCACGAAUCAGCUAUCCAAGAUCUUCAGUUCUGGGUUCGACUUGCCCAUAGGUUAGGGACUGAUCUCAUCCAGAUACCUUCAAACUUCCUCCUCUCCUCGCAAUGUAUAGGAGACCGCAGCAGGAUAGUGACGGACCUCAGGGAGGCUGCAGACAUUGGUCUUGCUGCUAGUCCCCCCAUUCGGUUCGCAUAUGAAGCACUUUGCUGGGGCACACACGUUGAUACCUGGGAUACAGCGUGGUCAAUUGUUUCGGAAGUCGACAGACCCAACUUUGGCACAUGUAUCGACACAUUCAACCUUACCGGACGAGUCUACGCUGACCCGGCCUCGCCGUCGGGAUUGGUUUCCAACGCCUUCAAUGAUACGCAACACUCGAUAACGAAACUCCGCACAGAGUUGUCUUCUGCCAUAGACAAAGUCUUCUAUGUUGAGGUUUGCGAUGGCGAGAGACUAGACAAGCCAAUUCUGCCUGGACAUGAGUGGUAUGAUCCUGAACAACCGGCGCGCAUGUCCUGGUCAAGGAAUGCCAGACUGUUCCCAUUCGAAAAGCCAGGCUAUCUACCGGUGUUGGAGAUUCUGGAGGCAGUUUGCGACGCUGGAUAUUCGGGACAUGUCUCGUUCGAACUGUUCUCGUGCACGGCCAAUGAGGCCAACAAGGAAGUGCCCAAAGACCAUGCAAAACGUGCUGCCGCCGCAUGGGAAAGACUAGAAGAAUACAUGAGAUGGAAUGGCCGAACAUCCGUUCUUGCGAGCUCAUUGGCCACAACCACUGAUGUUCAUUACAUCUCUUCAGACGCCGCCAAAGCAGUACAGGGUUCCAGUCCGCGGCUCUGA